AUGGCACCUCUCAACGUCGGCGUCAUCGGCUACGGCCUAUCCGCCAAAGUCUUCCACAUUCCCUUUGACCUCAUCGCCGACCCGGCCGUGCACCUCGUCAUCGUCACCACCCCGCCCAACACUCAUCGCGCCCUCGCCGAAGCCUGCCUGCGCGCGGGCAAGCACGUCCUCGUCGAGAAGCCCUUUGUCCCGUCCUCUGCCGACGCCGCCUACCUCGCCCAGUUGUCCGCCGAGACCGGCGCUCUGCUCUGCGUCUUCCAGAACCGCCGCUGGGACGUCGACUUCCUCACCGUGCGCGACCUCCUCGCCCGCCGCGUCCUCGGCGACCGCGUCGUCGACUGGAAGGUCGGCCUCGCCGCCGAGCAGGGCGGCGGUCCUCUCUACGACUUGGGCACCCACCUCAUCGAUCAGGUCUAUGCUCUCUUUGGCACGCCCGAGCGCGUGUUCGGCAAGGUGACUGCGCAGAGGUCGGCGGCGGCGGGCGACGGCGGCGACGCGGAACCGGAUUCCGUCACCGCCUUGCUGAGCUACCCCGCUGGCGGACCUGCCGUGCACGUGCGCAUCUCCGUCAUGUCUGCCCAGGAGCCCCAGCCGCGCUUCCGGAUUCGGGGCACGCGCGGCACCUUUGUCAAGUCCGGCCUCGAUCCUCAAGAACCCCACCUCCGCGCGGGUGGUACGAUCGCGGAUGAGGGUUUCGGCAAGGACCAGCAUCCGGGCACCAUCUACCUGGCCAAAGAAGACGGCUCCGUCUCGCCUGGUGAGACAUGGGCGGGUGUCGAGCCUCAAGGCUACGGAACGCUCCUAGAGUCUUUUGCCGAGGCCAUCAACGCCAAAGAUGCGUCCAAGGUCCCCGUGAAGGCGAGCGAGGCGGCUGAUGUGCUCAGGAUCAUCGAGGCUGUCAUGGAGAGUUCUAGGACAGGCGCCGAGAUCAAAUUAUUGAAGCUUGAAUUUGAGGAGGCUGUUCAAACCCCCGACCCAGCCGUCGUCGUCCUCGUUGGCCCUCUCGGCGUCGCCGCUAGGGGCACGCGUAUGACGCACGGCACACCGCCGAUCCAGCCGCCGCGGGGAGCGGACGAUUUGCUCGCCCUCGACGCGGAUCUCGCGGCCGAUGAUAAUAUCGGCGCUACGCUUGCCGUCGACGCUGACCUCGAGCGCGCGGCCGCGGUUCUUCUUGCUUAG